AUGCCACAACUCAACCCCUCCCCCUGAUUACUAAUCUUGCUAUUCUCAUGGCUAAUCCUCUUAACAACAGUCUUUCCAAAAAUUAUACGUCAUCGCUUCACUAAUGAACCAGCCACACAAGCUACCAAAAAACACCACCCAACACCUUGAAACUGACCAUGACACUAA